UGAUAGAAACAGAAACUGGCGUGUUGAGGUAGAAAUGUUCAGAUAGGAAAACCAACCACCGCAAGGAAACAAAGAAAGCGAAAUCCCAAAGAAGCUACAGCUGUGUGAAUCACAAUCUCAUCUGGGUUUUUGUGAUUUUGCUGUUUUAGUUCUUUGUUUUAUAUCUCUUGCUUUUUCAAUUCCCAUAUUGUUCUUAUCGUUUGUUGCCACCAUUCUGAAUAAAUUUCAGAAUACUAUACGGCUCACUUGCUCAGGCAAAAAUUUAAUUUCUUUUGUUUUGUUUUGAUUUGAAAAAUGCAUAAAAAACUUUGGUUAUUUCUGUUCUAUUUAAGCCUUCUUUUUCUGCAAUUCUCAUUGUCCUUUGAUUGAUGUUUCCAUCACUUAAAAGUGAGAGGUAAGAAGAGAAGAGAAGAGAUCGUAUCCGGUGGUGUUGUUUGUUAAAAGCAUUCAAUUACUGACUUCUCCCAGGACAGCUUUUCAGGACUUCCAACAACUACCCUCUAUUUAAUCCUCCACUCCGUUCCAAUAUCACUUCUUCUUCAACAUUUUCUCUCCUCCUCCUCCUCUGUUAUUUCAGUACUCAUUCUCAAGUCUAGCCCAAUUCUUCUAACAAUCAUCUUCGUUUUUGAUUUCUGAAAACAAAGAGAGAAAUGGGUUAUAGCAGUAGACAUCAUCUUCUUUUGAUUUCUCUGAGUUGUUUCUUGAUUUUAAGCUCAACCCAAGUUAGAUUCAUGGCUGAAGGAUCAAGAACUUUGUUCAAACUUUUGGAAGAACCUUUAGCUAUUAGUCCUCAACCCCAAGUAAUGAAAGGAAUUGAAGAGAAGAAGAGUAUGAUAAAUGAGAGAGUUAUGAUUGGAUCACAUCCACCAAGAUGUCAAAUGAAAUGCAACACAUGCAGACAUUGUGAAGCUGUUCAAGUCCCAGCAGUUCCUCACAGCAGCAGCAAUCAGAAGAAGAAGACUAGUACUGUUACCACAACUAGUAUCAACAGUAAGAUAUCAACUGCAAUGAGAGGUGAUGAUAAUACUAAUUACAAACCCAUGAGUUGGAAAUGCAAAUGUGGAGAUGUCAUCUUCAACCCUUAGGAUGAUGGAUUGAUGGAUGGAAAAUUAAAUUAAAAAGUCUACCCAACAUUUGUUGAUCAAAUCUGUGGAUAUGAGUAUAUUAUGUUGAUCAUCAUAGAUUUAAUACUUCUUCUUCUUAUUAUCAAGUGAACAUUCUUUUAAAUUUUCUAUCUCCUUUUCUUUUUUGUAAUGAUGUUCAAAUUCUCAAUCUCUAAAACUUGGAUAGAGUUUUGGUGGAUGGACGGGCAUGGUUUUUGUACCAUCUUUGGGUGGUGAUGGUGGUGUUCUACUGUUCUUCUUCUUAUUAAUCAAAGUUUAGUGAUUAGUAUAUAA